AUGGAGGCAUGGGUUGUUUUUGGCACCAUUCUUGUCUUUGUCAGCACUGUUGAUGGGUUUAGUGCCAUUACUUCAGAACAGUUGCCCGAAGGACCCCUAAAUGAAAUGACACCCAACCACAACGUGCAGGACUUAGAUGAUGACGACACCCUGAACUCAUCCCAUCCACCAUCAGCUUUAAACGAGACAACACCUUCACCAGAGAGCCUUCCAAGAGGUCCCAGUCCCGUGUCAACAGCGGUCCGGUCUGGUGCAAUCGCAAUCACUUCUCCAUUAAACCAAUCAGAAAGUCAACAUUCGGGACCUGAUAUGCAUGUUGGGGGAAGCCGUGUUCCAAAUGGCUCUUUUGACCCGUUGCCCAGCGACCCGUAUAGCACCAAAGGUACAGGAACCACUCCGUUAUCGAGCGUUAAUGUAAACGGCACAACUGAAUAUUACUGUCAGCCAGGAUCGAUUCCUUCCCUCAGUGGCCAGCCAGAGCCUAAGUGGUCUUGCAAAAACCGUUGCACUGAUGUAGCCAAGUUCGGCGCAAAGGCGAAUGAACACCUGUGCUCCUGCGACGACCUUUGUCAUAUGUAUGGGGACUGCUGUAUAGAUUUCGACCGUCACUGCUCUGAACUGUUGCAACCGUCGUUUGAUGUGGGGGACCCUAUGUGCGUGGACCGUAGACUGCUGUUUGGCGAGAAAUGUGCAGAGGACUACCAAGAGGGGCCAGUAAUAGAGGCUUGCUUAUCUCCCAGCGAGAACAGCACAGAUCUAACUUACAGGAUCCCCGUUUACGACAACCGCACCGGGUUGCACUUCAAGAAUGUUUUCUGUGCCGUGUGUAACCGUGCAAAUAACGUGACGUUCUGGACUACCUCUUUCGAGUGCACAAACCGCACGGAUAUCAGGGCCAAUCUUUCAAGACAUAAUUUUGCAGACGACUUACUGUCCCUCUGCCAUCUCAGCGUCCGUUCCCCGCCGCCUUACCCUGAGCGUCCGUGCUAUGACCAAGCCAAGGGAACGUGUUCGUCAGCGUGCUCCUCAAACCCGGACCUUGUCGAAAACUGUCGGAAGUACACGAGACUCGUGAAGGACACACAACUUUCCCUGACCCCCGGUGAAUACAUAUACAACAACCCGUAUUGCGCUAUGUGCAAUGGGGCGCAAUAUGAAUACAUCCGUGAAUGGCCUAAAUCAAAGGACGAGCUAUCUGCAUUUGCUGAGGCGAGCAUUAUUCCAAGUUUUUCCUAUACAAUCUUAAUGGAUUUCAGUCCCAAGGGUGGACUUCAUGUAGGGGUCGUUGAAGUCGAUCUUAAAACCCAGACGCGCGAGGACAAGGGGACGUUUUCCUGUGACGUCCAUACCGCCGUGACCUUGACCGCAAAAGGCGAUGAACGCUGUCUGGCCUUGCAGUGCCCCAGGGAGUACGAGCUACGAGACAGGGAUUGUGUGCCAAAGGCACGUCUGAUUCGGAUCAACGUGAUAUUCCUUGGAAUAAUCACGAGACCCCCAUCUUCUACCUUCGAUAUGGAAGUUAGCGAAAUGUUAGAGAAAAUAGGAAGUCGACUGCAAAAGGUGAUUGAAACUAUAAUUGAUGUCUAUGGCAACGUGUCUUGGGUCUAUGGAGAUGACGACAUUGGAAAAAGGGCAUUCGAAGACAUGCCGUUCUCGAUAUCAUGUUCAUUCCACGUGAUGACACCGGAUACUGGAAAAGACAAAUUUUGCAAUCAAAUUCAAACCAAUGGUAGCGUGCUUAUGAACAUUUAUCUGGCAGCUAGCUCCGAGGAUGCUAAUCUCUUUGAAAACACAUCUCUUGAAAACGUCAGUAUUAAUUGCACUGAAAUUUACACCGACGCCGGAAACAAAGCACAAAAUUAUUUGAGUCAGGAUGAAAUGUGUCCAAAACUUUCACUAGAUAACUCUGAUUUUGCUCUUUGGCAGAACGGUUCUGCACUUUUAUCAAACGGCUUGGUCUUACAGCCAGACGAAUUUGUUGUAGAAAACAGCAGCUUGCUAUUCUGUGCUGGAAAGCUUUUAAAAUACAACCAAGGGACGCGCCACCAUGUAAAUGGGACGUCAUCCAGAGGUCGGUUUACUACAGCAAAGGGGAUUCUUACCAUCGUUUGUUUAUGUGUAUCCAUGGCGAGUCUCCUUGGUAGAAUUUGCUUGCAAGGAGUUGUGAAAACAUUCCAAACUUUUCCAGGAAAACUUCAGUUUUGUCUCAGCCUGGCGAUGUUCUUGUCCAAACUCUCGUUCCUCCUAGGUCCGCCCUUAGUGGGUAUUUAUGAAGCGUGCGUCCCAAUUGCCCUCCUGCUUCACUGGUCGACCUUGACCUCAUUUUUCUGGAUGAAUGUCAUCGCUAUCGAUAUGUGGAGGCGUUUCCAUGGCCAAUCCUUAACAUCCAUAAAUGGUCGAAGUCAUAAUGGUUUCAGGGCUGCUAUAUACGGAAUUUACGCCCUUGGAAUGCCUACUCUCAUUGUAGUCUCGAGCGUGGUCUUUGAUUUUGCCGACCUUGGCUUAGACAACACUUUCCGUCCUGGUUUUGGAUUGGGCCCGUGCUGGUUCACACAAAAAUACCCUUUAAUCCUGUUUUUUGUUGCCCCUCUGGCUGUUAUCAUUGUAGUCAAUGUCAUCCUAUAUGUCUUGUGCUCGAUAUCGAUAUACAGUGCCAUUAAAGAUUCAUCUAAAAAACUGAAUAAGAAUUCCUCGGGCCACAACUUCUGUAUGUAUGUGAAGCUGUUAGCUUUGACCGGCUCCACUUGGGCGCUAGGUCUUAUUGCUGGAGGAACCCAAAACGCAAUAGCCGAAUACUUUUUCGCGGUAUUGGCGGCAUCGGACGGCUUCUUCGUCUUCUUGUCAACUGUCUGCACAAGGCUUGUUAUCAGAGAUCUGAAGAAGCUAUAUUGCCGACGUCUGAGUCAACGUCAGAGACGCAGAGGUGAAGACUGCGAAAGUCGUUUGAGUCAAUCGACUGAUGGCGUUACUUUGAAUACAAAUCAUAACCAUUCACAUGCCUCCAACACCAGCGUUUAUGAAAAAGGCACCGAAACUGAAGUUAGCAUUGCAACAUCUCGCAUUUAA